CCCCCAUUCCUCCAGCUGCAGCGAAUGCCGGAAUCACAACGGGGGCCGCCCGGGCCGCGCCGUCUCGUCAGUCGUGGAAGUUCUGGUCGUCUGCCUGGGGGGCUGCGGCGCGGACUGUGACGCGUAUCUGCUCGUCGGACUGUGUUUGGGGCCGUUGGGCUGCCAGGUAGCGCGCGUUGAGGGAGAGGGCGGCCGGGGGGAGGUCGGUUAG